GCGCCUGCGCAGUACGGCGGCGGCGUGGUCGGCCAUUGCGCGAGCGAGAGAACUCCAGCUCGCUAACCCAGCGUUCGGUAUACCUGGCGAGGCAAGAGCCGCGCCGUUUAAUGGAUCCGAGGAUCGCCUGGUUUCAGCCAGAGCAGCUCGGACCUGCCCACAAUUUGUGGGUGCACAUCUGGGAGACGACGCAAGGACUGCGGAGUCUGUGUUUGAACAACAACCACCCGGAGGGCAUGUCGGCCAGGGCCCAGGCCGAGCUCGUCGAGCAGCGAGACUUUCUACCGCUCGAGACCAACAACAACCGCAACCAAAGGCUGUCGGUGAGAGACGGCAUUGGCGCCCCGAACAAGAGGAAAAGAGAGAACAAGGCCAGCACCUUCGGAUUCAACUCAAGCAGCCAGCUGUUGUACGGAACUGAUACGGGUGGCGAGCAGCAAGACUUCACUGGGACUCCCUGGAAGAGCAGAAACUAUUCGGAAGGAGUGCUAGGGUUGCAUGAAGAAAUAAUUGACUUCUACAAGUACAUGUCCCCACGUCCUGAAGAAGAGAAAAUGCGGUUAGAAGUUGUGAAGAGAAUAGAAGGAGUCAUUCGUGAGCUUUGGCCAAAUGCUGAUGUUCAGAUAUUUGGAAGUUUCAGCACUGGCCUUUAUUUGCCAACAAGUGAUAUUGAUCUUGUCGUUUUUGGAAAAUGGGAGAAAUUGCCCCUGUGGACAUUGGAGGAGGCUCUGCGGAAGCACAAUAUAGCUGAUGAGAAUUCAGUUAAAGUCCUGGAUAAAGCUACGGUUCCUAUUAUCAAGCUUACAGAUUCUUACACAGAUGUCAAGGUUGACAUCAGCUUUAAUGUCCAAAAUGGGGUAAAAGCUGCAAAACUUAUUAAAGAUUUUAUACAGAAGUACCCAGUUCUUCCAUACCUUGUGUUGGUGCUGAAACAGUUUUUGUUACAAAGAGAUCUGAAUGAAGUCUUCACUGGUGGUAUUGGCUCUUAUAGUCUCUUCCUUAUGGCUGUCAGUUUCUUGCAGAUGCAUUAUAGAGAAGAUGCCACCUGCCCCAAAGCCAACAUUGGUGUUCUUUUAAUAGAGUUCUUUGAACUCUAUGGUAGACAAUUUAAUUACUUGAAAACUGGCAUUCGAAUAAAAGAUGGUGGUUCUUAUGUGUCCAAGGAUGAGGUGCAGAAGAGCAUGGUAGACGGGUAUAGGCCGUCAAUGUUGUAUAUUGAAGACCCCUUACAGCCCGGUAAUGACGUUGGAAGAAGUUCCUAUGGAGCCAUGCAGGUGAAGCAGGCCUUUGAUUAUGCGUACAUUGUCCUUAAUCAUGCUGUUUCUCCAAUUGCCAGAUGUUAUCCAAACACUGAAUCUGAAAGCAUUUUAGGACGCAUUAUAAGAGUAACCCAAGAAGUAGUAGAGUACCGGGACUGGAUUACUAAAACAUGGGGUUCACCAGUGCCGAGUGGUGCAGCACUUAAUGGUAAUGAUGUAACAUUGUUAGUUGAACCGCAGCAGCUUGACAAAUGCAACAACAAUGUCUCAGAAGAGCUAGUUACAGCAGGGCAGUCAAAAAGCAAACACUCCUCCAAUUCUUCCUCGGGUUUGCCUUCUUACUCAUCUUCCUCCACAAUGUCAAGCUCCAGUGAUGCUGACUCUGAUGGAACUCCCUGUAAAACACAGAAGCCUCUGGGUAGCAGACAUUCUAGUCUGAGCAGGGAUACUACAUCCAGUUCACAGACUUUGACAGGGAAGACCCAAGGCAGCUCUCAAGGCAUACCUAACAAUAAAUCACAGCACUCAAGACCAUUUCGUUCAUCAAUUAAAUACAUUCAGGAACAGCAAACGCUGAGCCACUCCAGCAUUCUAGCCAGCAACAAAUCUCACCAGCAGUACAACAGCAAGCGACGGAAACACAAACCUGAUGCUGCCUUGGAAGAGCUUUGCAGAUAGGGAAGGGUUAUAAUUAUACCUGACUUGUUGACUGCCUGUCCCCCAGCUGCUACAGGUCUCCUUAUAGUUCUUCUGUUGGACACCUAGUUCCAAGACUUUUAUAGAAGAGGAGGAUGAAAUAUUUGUCCACAUGCGUUCUUGGGUGUUUUUUUUUUAAACUGCAGCUUUGCACUGGAAGAAUGAAGGACUUCAGCAAAUGCUGCUUGUAUGUUAACUUGUUAUGCACCGAGGACCUAAACGGGCUGUAGACUGAAUGUAAUGUGUCGGUGCCUGCCUGGGUGUUAAAAACAAGGGGAAAAAAAAAAAAAAAUUUGCAGUCCGCAAGAAUAGGAAUAUAAUUUGUGCAUGAAGAUUUUAAUAUUUUUUGCAUAUUUACUGUUUUAUGUAUAUACAGAUUAUACAAAUGAUAUUUGUUUAUGAACUUCUAAUGAAAAGUUAAGGUGCACUUUCUCACAGUUAGGGAUGCCUGCAGGAUAGUUUCCAAGUUCACAGAAGCAGCUGGCUGUUGUGGCACAGUAUAAAAUGGUGCAGCUCAUCUCUAAGGUCACCUUAAAACUGUUCAGCCUUUGAGCUGACCAGCAGUCAUUCAGAAAAUGUUGUCAUACCUUAAACACCAUUUUUCUACUCAGGUGAGAAGAAUGAGCCCAUAAUCCUUCAUUUAUUUUUGUGUUUCAUUAAAAAACAAACAAAAAAAAAAAAAACAAAACAAAAAAAAAACACUAAAAAAUUAGAAACUAACAGCAGCCUAACAGUACAGAUGCUUGUAACCUUCGGGUUUUGUAAUAAUAGUAAUUCAUACGGUUCCUCUCUUCCAAAACUCAAAGCUCCACUUGCCUUUAAUAUCCAACUAUGCCAUAUCUGCAACUAAUGAUUAUGACCAAAUGUCAGUGAAAUGACAAUGGGUGCUGGCAGCAGAUGUACCAGUGCUGAUGGGAUUGCCUUUUCAUAAGCAUGCUGCCAAAGUGCUAUAGCACUUUUGAAAUAUGUUUGUAGACAGUUUGUGACCCUUACUGUUGAAGCUCCCUCCUUCAAACCUGGAUGCAAGAUACCACUUUAGUUUGUGCACUAAAAUCAAAUACGGCAAUACAGCCUUAUGAUUUUUCACUGCACUAAGACCAACUGCCUUUGUCCUUAGUGUGGUCAUCAGGCAAUCGAGUGUCAGCUUUUUCACUUGGUGCUCUUUUUCAGAGAAUGCAUUAGAGUGCCACCCCGUGUAACUGUCUCCUUGUGCCCAUUCUUUGUUUUGAUUUAGUUAUCUGGAGUUGACUGAAUACUUUUGUGCUGCUAUUAAGUUUAUAAGGAUUUCUGAAAUUUGUCACUGCAAAAUUGUAAAAUGAGUAUUUUAAAUUAAUUAAAUGGGUGCACAUGAAAAUUUUAUUCUUUUGAGAAAGCUUGGUAGCAUCUUGGCAGUACAAAACAAUUUUAGAA